CCGCUGCUGCUGCUGCUGAUCCUCCGCCUCCUGCAGCCGCGGCCGCGCUCAGUCCCCGUCGCCGCCACUGCCCCCCGCGCCGUCGGCGUUGCCGCCACUGUUGCCGCUCACUUCGCUCGCUCGCUCGCUCCCAAGCGAUCCCGCCGCUGUCGCAAAAGCUGAGCUUCUCGGCCGCCGAGCGAGGCCGACGGAGCGACAACCAGGCCGCGGCGCUUUACGGCAGCCUUUCGGCGAGGUUCUUCUUUCUUCCACGUGGAUCGGCCAGAAGGAGAGGAGAGUCGCCUCCGGCCGCCAUGAAACGACCGAAGUUAAAGAAAGCUAGUAAGCGCAUGACCUGCCACAAACGGUAUAAAAUACAGAAAAAGGUACGAGAACACAAUAAAAAACUUCGAAAGGAAGGCAAGAAACAUAAACACAAGAAGCCAAAGAAAGAUCCUGGCAUUCCCAAUGCUGCCCCAUUUAAAGAAGAGAUUCUUCGGGAAGCUGAACAUAGGAAGCAACAGCGUGAAGAAUUGAAACAGAAGCAAAAACUUGCUCGUCAGAAGGAACUAGCAAAGAAACGCAAACAACAAGCAAGUACCAAGGAUACCGGUGAUGAGAAAUCAACUACAAAGCAAAAAACGCAAUCUAACCACCAGGUCCAAAAAAAUUCAAAGAAAUCAUUUUGUGAGGAGUUUAAAAAGGUUAUUGAGGCUUCAGAUGUCAUACUUGAAAUCUUGGAUGCUAGAGAUCCUUUAGGCUGCAGAUGUCCACAGGUUGAACAACUUAUUGCUCAGUCUGAGGGAAGAAAAAAAAUACUUUUGGUUUUAAAUAAAAUUGAUCUGAUACCAAAAGAAAACUUAGAGAAUUGGUUAAAUUAUUUAAAUAAAGAUCUUCCAACUAUUGCUUUUAAAUCUGCAAUGCAGAUAAAAGACAGAACUGUGCAAGAAAAAAGAAAAACAAAGAAGAAUGCUGCAUACCUAGAAUUAUCAAGAGCAAACAAAUGCUUUGGAAGUCAAUGUCUCCUGAAACUUCUUCAAGAAUAUUGUAUAACUAAAGAUGAAGUUAUACAGGUUGGGGUAGUAGGUUUUCCAAACGUGGGGAAAAGCAGCAUAAUCAAUAGUCUGAAAGAAAUACGCACUUGCAACGUGGGACCAGAGAGAGGCCUAACAAAGUCCGUACAAGCAGUACACAUUGACAAACGUAUCAAGAUGUUGGAUAGUCCGUGUAUACUUGCAGCACCUUCAUGCUCUGCUCUAGCUCUAGCACUGAGAAGCAUCACAUAUGCUGAAAACCUAGUUGAUUCAGUAGAUGCUGUUCUGAAGCACUGUAGGAAACAGCAGAUCAUGUUACACUAUAAUAUCCCAGACUACAGGAAUUCUCUGGAAUUUUUAACUUUGCUCGCUCAAAAGAGAGGAAUGUUGAAAAAAGGUGGUUUUCCUGAUACAGAAGGUGCUGCUAAAUUACUGCUCUGUGACUGGACAGGUGCCAAAGUUAGUUACUAUUCCCGCCCUCCUGAACCAUGGGUUCUGUCCCCACAUCUUUCCAAGGAAGGAAUAGCAACAAUACAGGAGGAUUUUAAUUUUGAGGAACUGGAAGAAGAUAACAAAAAUACUGUAAACGCUAACAAGUACCCUAACCAGGCAAGCACCAUUGUCUUCCAAUCUCCUGGCUUCACGGAUGGCAUCAUGGAAGAUAAUGAACAGCCAGAGGAAGGCCUGGAAUCAGAGAAUGCAGAAGAAAAUGAUGAAGAAUUAACUGAAGAAGAAAUGGAAGAAGAUGAAAGUGAUCUUGAUGAAGUGGAAGAGGAAAGUGACCAAUUAAAGAGUAGUCAAACUCCCUCUGAAGAAUUGAAAGCAAAGAAUGAAAAUUUGGACAUGUUACCUACAGAUGAAAAACAACUCAAAACCAGUGACCUGGAUGAUGCCUAUGACUUCAAUACAGAUUACAUGUGAAGAAAAUAUUACAAAAUUUAAAGUAUUUUUCACAUUUUGGAAUGCAUUCUUAAUCUGUUUUUGUAGUUACUGAACACCAGACUCUUGUAAAUAUUUUGAAAAUAGCUGAUAAGGAAAGAUACUUUUUGAUGUAGUAAAUUUUGUUCUGAAAAUGCGUUGAUCACAUGAACUACAAGCAGAAGUAAAACCAGUGUUUUACAAAAGCAGAAUGAAGCAACAAUUCAGACUACAAGCUGUGUAGGGACUUGUGAUGAUUAAG